UCCUCUGCUUCCCGGACGUUUGUGGCGGUGGCGGUGGCAGCGGGAUCGCCGCGCUACCAUGGCGGUGCGACAGGCCCUGGGCCGAGGCCUGCAGCUGGGUCGGGCGCUGCUGCUGCGCUUCGCAGCCAAGCCCGGCCCGGUCUCGGGCUUGGGGAAGCCCGGCCCCGCGGGAGCCUGGGGCCGCGGAGAGCGUCCGGGCCGGGUCGCAGGCCCUAGAGUACAGCCGGGCCCGCUCGGGCUCCCCCUUCCCGACCGCUACCGUUUCUUCCGCCAGUCGGUGGCGGGGCUGGCGGCGCGGAUCCAGCGGCAGUUCCUGGUGCGGGCCCGGGGCGGUGCUGGCCCUUGCGGCCGAGCAGUCUUCCUGGCCUUCGGGCUGGGGCUGGGGCUGAUCGAGGAGAAGCAGGCGGAGGGCCGGCGGGCCGCCUCGGCCUGUCAGGAGAUCCAGGCCAUUUUUACACAGAAGAACAAGCUGGUGUCUGACCCCCUGGACACACGGUGCUGGCACGGCUUCCGUCUGGAGGAUUAUCUGAUAGGACAGUCCAUUGGCAAGGGCUGCAGUGCUGCUGUGUACGAAGCUACCAUGCCCACGCUGCCCCAGCACCUGAAGAAGGCCAUGUGUGUUAGCCUUCUAAGAAAUGGUCCGGAUAUCCUCCCAAAGGGAGCAGAUAGAGAGCAGGCUCCAGGGACCCUGGCCUUUCCCUUUGCCAUCAAGAUGAUGUGGAAUAUCUCGGCAGGUUCCUCCAGUGAAGCCAUCUUAAGCACAAUGAGCCAGGAGCUGGUCCCAGCAAGCCAGGUGGCCUUGGAUGGAGAGUAUGGAGGAGUCACCUACAGAAGAUCCAGAGGCGGUCCCAAGCAGCUGGCCCCACACCCCAACAUCAUCCGGAUUUUCCGCGCCUUCACUUCCUCUGUGCCCCUGCUGCCAGGGGCCCUGGCUGAAUACCCUGAUGUGCUGCCAGCGCACUUCCACCCGGAAGGACUGGGCCACAGUCGCACACUGUUCCUGGUCAUGAAGAACUAUCCCUUCACCCUGCGCCAGUACCUUCAGGAGCACACUCCCAGUCCCCGCCUGGCUACCAUGAUGACCUUGCAGUUACUGGAGGGUGUGGACCACCUGGUUCAGCAAGGCAUUGCCCAUCGGGACCUCAAAUCUGACAACAUACUUGUGGAACUGGACUCAGACAACUGCCCCUGGCUGGUGAUCUCGGAUUUCGGGUGCUGCCUGGCUGACGAGCGCAUUGGCCUACAGUUGCCCUUCACCAGCUGGUAUGUGGACCUCGGUGGCAACGGUUCCCUGAUGGCCCCUGAGGUGGCCACAGCCCGUCCUGGCCCCAGGACAGUGGUUGACUUCAGCAAGGCUGACACCUGGGCUGUGGGGGCCAUCGCCUAUGAAAUCUUUCGGCUUGCCAAUCCCUUCUAUGGCCAAGGCAGAGCCCACCUUGAGAGCCGCAGCUACCAGGAAGCUCAGCUGCCAGAGAUGCCUAAACUGGUGCCUCCAGAUGCAAGACAGCUGGUGAGGUCAUUGCUCCAGCGAGAGGCCAGCAAGAGACCUUCUGCACGUGUGGCUGCAAACGUGCUGCACUUAAGCCUCUGGGGUGAGCAUCUUCUAGCCCUGAAGAAUCUGAAAUUGGACAAGAUGGUUGGCUGGCUCCUUCAGCAGUCAGCAGCCACUCUGCUGGCUGGCAGGCUGAUGGAGAAGAGCUGUGUGGAAACAAAGCUGCAGAUGCUCUUUCUGGCUAACCUGGAGUGUGAGGCGCUCUGCCAGGCAGCCCUCCUCCUCCGUUCCUGGAGGGCAGCCCCGUGAAGACUCUGUGUUGUGCGGUUACUAAAAGACUCGGGGCAUCUGUGUCCUGAUGUCAUGAGGGUGUGUGAAGGCCAAAGGAGGUGGCUUGGCUGGUGGGUGGGAGUCGGGACAAGCUGAAGUGGGGGGGGCUGGUCAGCCAAAGAGGAAGCCUUAGGUCUAGGAAAUGGAAAGUGACCUCAGACAGAGUUCAGGCUGUAGACAUUCACUAGCUGUGCAGGUCUGAAUAAAUCCUAUGGCCCAUCCCACUUAAGUUCUCCCAUAGGAUUAAGGCAUCAGCUCAAAUCAGGAGUUGGCAAGCUGUAGAAGGCCAGACAGGAAAUCAAGUAGCUGUAAUGACUCAACUGUCAGCGAGACAAAAGGAUGAACAAAUACUGCAGAGGAUCAACACUCAAAUUUGGCUGUCAGUAAAUUCUUUGCAUUCCCCCCCCCCCCAUCACUUAGAAAUGCCAAAACACUGGCUAGGUGGUGGUAGUGCACACCUUUAAUCCCAACACUUGGGAGGCAGAGGCAGGCAGAUCUCUGUGAGUUCGAGGCCAGCCUGGUCUACAGAGUGAGUUCCAGGACAUCCAGGACCAAACAGAGAAACCCUGUCUCAAAAAACAACAAAAACGAAAAAGAAAUACCAAACCCACACUUAUUAGUGAGUGACAGGCAAGCAUGGCUCACAGAUGUGUUUCCCAGUCCCCGGCUAGAUGCUCACUGAUGACUAAGACAAAGUGUCCAUGCGAAAGAUAAUGUGAAGCUGAGACCUCACUCAGUGCCACUGUUGACCAGAAAGCACCCCCUUCCCUUACUGUCCUCAGUUUAAACAGCUGUGCUGUCAGACAAAGACGGGCUGAGGGCGGGUUAGACCUGCACUUCAUCACUGAGAUCUAAGACAAGGCAGCAGGUGACAGUUUGUGAUAUCUGUCCCUAGUACCAGGAAUGUGCUAUUUAUCUGACAGAGGUGGCCAUGGUGUGGCUUGGAAUGUGCUGCCUAGGCUAAGGGCAACUUAUGUGUGAGACAUGCUUGUGUUCAGAGAUCAGCAGGAAAAGCUAUCCUCUGAUAGCCAGGUGUCUGCCAGGCUGACCUGAGGAGCACCUGGGAGUGUGUCCUUAGCAAUCGCCCAGUUGUGUAUUUGCUCAGCACCGCUGAACUGAUCGUGCACCAGGAGCUAGCAGAGCCGCACACGAGCUGCAUGGUUGUGUUUGGCCAGCGUUCCUUACAGGAGCUGUCAAAUAUUAAAUGUACAAUGCAGAGCAGAAUGUAAUGUGCUGAGCAGAGUUUCUGGCUUA